AUGUACAUACCAUCGGAUACAGCUCGUCUCUUUCUGAGUGGCAACACCAUACAGAGUCUGUCUCAUGCGGAUUUCUCAAAUCUGACCAGUUUGGCAUACCUUGACCUGGACAACAAUUACAUCUCGAGUCUCCCCGCUGGAGUUUUCUCACAUCUCACCCGUCUGAGGUGGCUGUCUCUAUCUGAUAAUCAUAUAGCUGAUCUUCUGGAUGGAGUAUUCUCAAUUCUGACCAGUUUGGAAUAUCUUGACCUGUCCAACAAUAAGAUCUCGAGUCUCCCCGCUGGAGUUUUCUCACAUCUCACCCGUCUGUGGCGGCUGGAUCUAUCUGAUAAUCAUAUAGCUGACCUCCCGGAUGGAGUAUUCUCAAUUCUGACCAGCCUUAACCUGUCCAACAAUAACAUCUCGAGUCUUCCUGCAGACAUCAAACACCUUUCUACCCAGACAUCCCUUUACAUAACUGGGAACCCCUGGAGGUGUGACUGUAGUUUACAGGAUAUAAUGAUUUCAGUGCGCGGUUCAAUUCGCGGUAACCCUACCUGCAGCUCCCCUUCCCACAUGAAAGACGACGCGCUGACCGGCCUUGUGUCAGACAGGAUUUGUCACGGUAGCGGGGUCUGCACCACGGGAAGUACAGAGGGCACUUGUGCUUGUGACGUCGGCUGGACUGGCCCAUACUGUGGCGAAGGUGAGAUGUCUAUAAUUUGAAUUCUUUACAUGCGGUUUUAACAAGGCAUAAACUCAUGAAAGACUAUUUUAUGUUCA